AUGGCCAACAAGGAUGGCAGCGUUGCUCGUGAUGGAGCAGGCUCCUCAAAGGGCAGCUCUGUGGGCAAAAAGCUGUCUCUUAUCUUGCUAACUUUCCAAAACUCGGCACUGAUUCUCGUAAUGCACUAUUCGCGAAUCAUGCCCAUGUCCGGCGACCACCGAUACUUCACAUCGACUGCCGUUUUUCUCAACGAACUCAUCAAACUCGCCGUUUCCUUGUCCAUGGCAAUGUACGAAACCUCCAAGACCCUUGCGCCAAGCACCCCGGCGACAGUGCUCGUCGAACAAAUCUACAAUGGCGUCUUCCGCGGUGACGGUUGGAAGCUUGCUCUGCCUGCCGUCUUUUACACCCUCCAGAACAUGUUGCAAUUCGUGGCGGUAGAAAACCUCGACGCUGUGCACUUCCAAGUUCUAUACCAACUCAAAAUUAUUACGACUGCUAUAUUCACGGUUAUUAUGCUCAACCGCCCGCUGGGUAUGGUACGCUGGGCAUCGCUCAUCAUCCUCACCUUGGGUGUGUCGGUUGUCUCGCUACCGUCUAGCAGCAUGCCCAAGGAUUCUUUCCUCCUCCACGGCAUCCCAGACCACUUCUUCCCCCGAUCGCAACACGAACUUGGCCAUCAGCCUACAGACGACGGCCCAGAUGUCCAUCUUACGCGACGAUCAGCAAGCUACGAAGGAAUUGCCGACGACUUGCCAGUUGGAGAAGCGGGUAUGAACUAUUCGGUUGGGUUUACUGCUGUUUUGAUUGCUGCGGCAGUGUCCGGCUUGGCGGGAGUGUACUUUGAGAAGCUUCUAAAGGAGAGCCCUACACAGGUCAGCGUCUGGAUCCGCAACGUGCAGCUCAGCUUCUACUCUGUCAUCGCAGCCUUCUUCGGCGGCAUCGUCUGGCAAGAGGGCGAAGAGAUUCUCAAGCACGGCGCCUUUGACGGUUAUAAUUGGAUCGUGUGGGUGACAAUUUUGUUGCAGGCUGCUGGCGGGCUGAUUGCAAGUCUUGUCAUUCGCGAUGCGGAUAACAUUGUCAAGAACUUUGCUACCAGCAUCAGCAUCGUCAUUAGCUUUGUCGUCAGCUUGUGGCUGUUUGAUUUCAAAGUGUCCUUUAACUUUUUGCUCGGUACGAGCUUAGUGCUUGUCGCUGUUUGGCUUUACAACACACAGGAGCAUGGCUUGAAACGGCCACAGGCCGUAAGGCUCUUUAGCUUUGAAAAACACACGAUUGACCGCGGCACUCCACUGUCUACACCAAGAACGACAGACUUGAGAAAGCUGAAUACGGAUCCAUUCGAUCUUAAGGGUUUGGCUUCCACCUCGAGCCGUCCUAGCAGCCCAGGUCCCGGCCUGACCCCACGACAGAUUAGCCGUAGCAUCCCAAGGAGCGAGUAA